AGGGUUGAGUUAUUUACAGUAUGAUAAUAACCUGAUUAUAGUAUGAAUUCCUCUUUAUCGUGUCUCUGGCAGAAACAGCAACAGGCUGAUUGUACUAAUAAUAUGAAUAUAUUUAGUUGCACUUUCAUGUUUGUUUUCGGAUCAUUUACCAGUAGCUAAGAGCAGGACUGCCACUUUUAAAUACGCAUGCAAACUUCAAAGACUGCAAACAUCCAGUAGAAAAUAGUUUCACAGGCACUUUAACAUGGCAGCAGGAAGGAAAACACAGCCCCCACGCCUGCGCUCUUCUAAUCAGCGACUCAGACCUUGACGAUAACACAGAGCGACACACGCGUCCUGUCAGUGGGAUCGACAAGCUUAAAGUUUCGAACAUUUAUACUGAUUAUCUCAUCUGCUACGGUCUCAUCUACUGUAAGCACCCCCCCCUCCACUUUUCCACGCAGCCCGUAUCCAUGUAAAUGGGAACAAGAACAAAGAAUUUGGGCCCUGCUUCAAGUUCAGCGUGCAGCCUUACAUCGCCCGGCUUGUACCAUGUCCCAGUUCAGAAAUAGCUGCUUGUUAUCAUGCCUCUGAUCUUCUGAGGACAGUUCCACAAGCUGUUGGGACUGUACUUGAGAGGUCUACAAAGAGUGUGAGUGAAAAACAAGGGAGCUAAUGAUCUUGGAGGGACUUCGAGGCGGUGGAUAGUGGAUUCUGAGUCUUAAACCGAUGGAACUGGGUUAACAGCAAAAAAAGAAGAUGCUUGUUGUUGUUGACUUGCUUUUUGGGAGGUAGAUCGGCAAUUAUCAUGUUUCAAUCAAUAAUGUAUGCAAAGUGACAAAUGGUUCAAGCUGCUCAUGAUCAUUUGGAACGACAGCCUCCACAUUCAUCUGCGAAGAACCUUUGGACAGUCACACUCUGCAGCUCGAGCCCACGAAUAUCUGGUAAAUGUACAGCCAUAAGAGAAAGCAGACUUCAUCUGUAUCACAUGUACAGUACACUGAGCUCUAUAACCUUGGAAACCCCGCAUCUCCACUGAUGUCCACUGGGGUAAAUAAAAUAUUAACCAAAUUGCAAAUAUUUACAUUUAAGUGUCCAAUGAGCUACAGAGUUGUAUCAAUGUUUGCCGAACAUUUUUGGAACAGCUGGACGUCAACUGAUGGUAAUGACACAACGUUUGUGCUUUUAUAGACUGGCAUUGGCAACAUUUGUGUGCGGGAUUUGUUUUCACGUUGGUUAUAUAAUAAUGUAACUGCCUAAAAAUCUGAGGACAAAUGUAUAAUAAAUCCAAAGUUGUGUUUGUUUUAAUAUAACAAUAAAUGUGCAGAUCAUUUUUAGUAGGAAUAUUUAUCAAAUAAAACAGACUUUUGCCUGCUAAGAAAUUAAACUGGCGACGUUAGGAGUAAACACACAGAGCUCCAGUAGCAGCUCACUAUCUGUAAGCAAUGAAACAUUUGUAUUUAAGGAACACGUGCAAGUAAACACUGAACAUAGCCUGCAGCCAAAAGUGAAGAGCAAAUCCACCAUUAUUAUAAUUACACUCAACUACUUCUGACUUAUUUGAUUUAUUUAUUUUCCUGUUAAUUUGAUUAUUUCUAGAAACGUAUCGUGAAUGGUUUAGUUGUUGCUGUGCAUGUUGUUUUUUUGUGAGUGUUUCUUUGCUCGGUCGGCUACAAAGUCCAUGAGGUGGUGCUGGUUAAAGGUAAACCGUGGUCAUGUGGCAGUAAGGCGGGCCGGAUGGUGACAGCGUCCUGGUGAGUGAUUGGAUGAAGAGAAGCUAUAAAAAUCUGGACGGCGUUAAAGACAAUUUUAGUUAACGUUACCGAGGAAAUAUAACACAUCUUGCUGCGGCUAAUUAGCAUAAAUCAUGAGUGGAUGUCCAUACUUUGAGAAGAGGCAUUUGUUAUUCAAAAACAAGCCUCCAAAACAAGAUGAAGACGAGGAUGGCUCUCAGGCGGGAGUCAACAAAGCCAGUAAAGGAGGAAUAAUCUAUGGAGACUACCUGCAGCUCAACAAAAUAAUGUCAGCCCAGGUGCUACAAAGUGAAGUGAAGGGUAAUAAGAUCCACGACGAGCAUCUCUUCAUCGUCACCCAUCAAGCCUAUGAACUGUGGUUUAAACAGAUUUUAUUUGAACUGGAUUCUGUGCGAGAGAUCUUCAUCAGUGGACACGUCCGAGACGAACGCAACAUGCUCAAAGUCAACACUCGCAUCCACAGGAUUGUGAUGAUUUUCAGGCUGCUGGUGGACCAGUUUGCGGUGCUGGAAACAAUGACAGCCUUGGACUUUUUUGACUUUAGGGAAUACCUGUCUCCCGCCUCUGGCUUCCAGAGCCUGCAGUUCCGGCUCCUGGAGAACAAAAUCGGGGUCCCGGACAACCAGAGGGUUCCGUACAACAGGCGCCACUACAGGGACAACUUCAACGGCCAUGACAGCGAGACGCUCCUGGACUCAGAGCAGGAACCCACACUCUUGAAGCUGGUUGAGGAGUGGCUGGAAAGAACUCCUGGCUUAGAGGCGGACGGAUUCAAUUUCUGGGAAAGGUUGCAGAUCAAUAUAUUUGAUGGACUCAAUCAGGAGAAGGAGAAAAUCGAGAAAAUGCCAGAUUCCGAGGAGGAGGAGGAGGCGAUGGAGGAGCUGGUCAAACAGAGGGAGCUCUUCAACUCCCUGUUUGACGAGAAGCGUCAUGACCAUCUCGUUAGUACAGGUGAGAGGAGGCUCUCCUACAAGGCUCUACAAGGUGCCCUGAUGAUCUACUUCUACAGGGAGGAACCACGGUUCCAGGUUCCCUUCCAGCUGCUCACAUCGCUCAUGGACAUUGAUACGCUCAUGACGAAAUGGAGAUACAAUCACGUAUGCAUGGUGCAUCGUAUGAUUGGCAGCAAAGCUGGCACGGGGGGCUCAUCUGGCUACCACUACCUGAGAUCUACUGUCAGCGACCGCUACAAAGUGUUUGUGGACCUGUUCAACCUGGCGACUUUCCUCGUCCCUCGUCACUGGGUGCCCAAGCUGAAUCCCAACGUUCACACCUUGCUCUACACGGCCGAGUGCUGCGACAGCUCCUACUGCAGCAGUGAGGACUCUGACUGAGGCGCGUCCGUCCCCGCAUCCGACACCAGACACAUGCGUCAAUAGAGGAGACAGCGUUUUAGGAGAGAUGGGAUGAAGCAGAGACAUUUUAUUCCUGCAGAUUUCCUAGAAAGCACUGGGAGAGUGACGUGUAAAUACAGAUAAAUAGCAAAUGUACAAAGUUUCAUGAGGUCCAGCUGUUAAUGUUUAACAAGCACGCUGGAAAAAACGUGACAUUAAAAGGAUCGAACAAUUAAGCUGAAAAAUAAAACAUUACUGGUUAAUUAGUUACAUCAGGCUGCAGAACCUUUAACACGGGUCUGACUCUGAAACAAUCAACUGGCCAUAUUAGAGAUUUUUAUUCUAAUCCUGACUGCUCAGAGUACAGAUGGCUACUUGAUGAAGUCUGCUUUUAUGUUUUCUCAGUAAAAUUAUGCAAAUUUACUGUGACUGACCUGAAAGCAAAUGGAUUGUUGAGAGCAAUAAUGAGAUUUUACAAACAAAUCAUCGUUCAUGACCGACAGGAAGCUACUUCAGCCCACGGCAGUAUGGUUCACGUAAAACGUUCAGUAUUAAAAGCAGUGUAAAAUAAAAGUCAAAGCUUAGUUUAAAACUAUUAGAAACAAUGCAAAAUUAAAUAAUGAGCCAAAUGUGUAUAUAAGCUGAUAUAGAUGCAUUUGUAUAGUGUCAAAUAUAUUAUUUUUUUGUAAAUGAAUCAUAUUUAUGCAGUGAUUCAUGCAGCAGUUUUUGUAAAGGCAAAUUUGUAUCUAUGUAUUUAAUAUGAUACAUAUUUUGUACUGCACAUCUAUUCAUAUGCUUACGGUUUGUGUUUAUUGCUUACUUAUGAUCCAAAAUCUGUGAACGUUUAAAGGGAUUUAUUUUGUUUUAGUGAUGUUAGAUGGUGACAUUUCAAUAAAAAGGAUUUAAUGUAA